CAGAGUUUCAAUCGUCAAGUAGCAAUCAUGGCUAAUAAGAAGAACCUUCUUUUACUUCUAGAGAGACCUGGCGAGCCUGUCUUUACACCAAAAGGCAAGAACAACACAGUUUUUCAGAUUCCGAGUAGGUUUUUAGAGGAACGAUAUCAAAGCAUUGGAAGUGAGAUUCAAAGUCGAUUUGGUGAGGAAGGAGAUGUGACAGUUCAAGUUAGAGACUCUGGAAUACCUGACAUCACCAUUCCAGCUCAACUGGAGAAGCAGGAGAAUUUUUCAUUGUUCAUGCCGAGACAUCAGAAGCUUGCUGCAGCAUUAACUGAUGUGUUUAUGAAGGCCAAAGACAUCGAACAGCUUCAAAGCUAUGCCGUCUAUGCACGUGACCGAGUCAACGCUCAAAUGUUCAACUAUUCAUUGUCGGUUGCAAUUCUUCAUCGACCUGAUACUAAGGAUCUAGACUUGCCACUCUUUGUUGAAACUUUUCCGAGUAAGUUUAUAGACUCGAGAAGUUUUGGAAGAGCUCGUGAGGAAGCUAAUGUUGUUAGACAAGGAAUGAGAAGGCCGAUUAUUAUUCCUAGGGAUUAUACUGCUUCUGAUUUGGAUCCUGAGCAUAGAUUAUGGUACUUCCGUGAAGAUUUAGGUAUCAAUAUUCAUCACUGGCAUUGGCAUUUAAUCUAUCCAUCUGAGUCAAGUGACAUCAACAUUGUCCGCAAAGAUAGACGUGGUGAACUGUUCUACUAUAUGCAUCAACAGAUUAUGGCUCGUUAUACUGCUGAACGUUCUUGUAAUAACCUGCCAAGAGUUAAACCACUCAACAGUUUACGAGAUCCGAUUCCUGAAGGUUACUUCCCAAAAUUAGACUCACUUAUUGCUUCUCGAUCAUGGCCAGCACGACAAGACAAUUCAGUCUUGAAAAACAUCAAUCGAACUUUGGAUCAAAUCAACUUGGAUAUUCCAACUAUGGAACGAUGGAGAGCACGAUUCCUUGAAGCAAUUCAACAAGGUUUUUAUAUUGAUCCUAGAGGACAGCGAUUCCCAUUAGACGAAGUUACUGGAAUUGAUCAUUUAGGGAACAUGUUGGAUGCAUCAUCGUUGUCACCUAAUCCUGAUUAUUAUGGUAACUACCACAAUAUGGGACAUACAAUUCUAUCAUUCGUACACGAUCCUGAUCAUCGUCAUUUGGAGAGUUUCUCAACAAUUGGAGAUUCAGCAACAUCAAUGCGUGAUCCAGUGUUCUAUCGUUUGCAUCAGGAUGUUGAUGACUUAUUUAAUGAGCAUAAAAUUCGACUUCCACCGUACACAGCACAGCAAUUGACUUUCCCAGGUAUUCAAGUCACUGCUGUUGGCAUUCAACUUGAAAAUGGACGUACUAAUCAGUUCCAUACAUUCUGGCAACAAUCUGAUGUUAACAUGUCUAAAGGAAUGGACUUUUUGCCACGUGGUGAUGUCUUUGCUAGAUUCACUCACUUGCAACACAUCCCAUUCACAAUCAACAUCCAGGUCAAUAAUGACUCAGGUGCUCAACGUUUUGGAAUGGUUCGUCUAUUCAUGGCUCCUAAAUUCGAUGAUCGUGGACAACAGAUGCUAUUCCGUGAUCAGCGCCGCUUGAUGAUUGAAAUGGACAAGUUUGUUGCUAACUUGCGUCCUGGACAAAACACUUUGAGACGCCGAUCAGCAGAAUCAACAAUUACGGUUCCAUUUGAUCGAACAUUUAGAAAUUUGGACAGUCCAGCUGGAACCACUGACGCUCAAUUUAACUACUGCGGCUGUGGAUGGCCGAAUCAUAUGUUGAUUCCCAAAGGUACAACUCAAGGCUAUCGAAUGGAAUACUUCGUUAUGGUCUCCAACUAUGAACUAGACCGAAUCAAUCAAGAUCUUGGUGGAAUUUGCAGUGAUGCAGCAUCAUUCUGUGGCAUUCGUGAUCGAUUGUAUCCUGAUAAACGUGCUAUGGGCUUCCCAUUUGAUCGUUUAGCUCGUCAAGGUGCUGAUACAUUGGCUUCAUUUAUGACACCGAAUAUGAGGGUUCAAGAGGUUACAAUUAUUCAUAAUGAUCGAGUCGCGGGACCAACUGGGCAGUAAAAAUGGAACUAAAUUCAGGCAGAUACAGAUUGUGGCUAUUUUUAUGAUUUUUAAAUUGCAUUUAUAAAACUUUUGAAUAAACAGCACUGGUUUU